GUGGUGGCACCUGUAGUGUGAGCACAUGAAAAUCACAUUGAUCGCUGAAUCUACUGACACAACAGAAGGAACAGAUCAGAAACAAUGAAAGUUUGUCUGUGCAUCCUGCUAUUUAGCCACCUGUUCCUUUAUACUAUGGCUUAUAAUUGUGAAGUGAUACCUGGUACCCUGAAGCAGAUUGAUGCUGGGCUAGGGGUAGUAGGUGGGGUGAAUGAUGACAAUGAGGUCUUUCUGUUCCUGGGGACCAGAUUUGAAAGGAUAGGAUCCUCCCUAAAGCACUUUACUGUCGGACCUGCUGGAGAACUAGGGGCAAAUUCAACAAACAAUGUCUUCAAGUUUGCGGAUGGAAGCUUCAAGCAGAUUCCAGGCAUUCAACUCAAACAAGUGGAUGCCGGAGGUGACCAGAUUAUUGUAGGUGUUUCACCGGUAGACGAUGUCUUCUGCUUAAAUAAGGAUGCUAACAAUGUCAUGCCAUCCGGUGAUGCUCCUUGGGUUCAACUUACAGGAAAGCUGAAGUACUACAGCUGUGGACCAAACAGCUGUUGGGGAGUGAACGCUGCAGGGAAUAUCGUCAUCAGAAGGUCUGUAACUGGUGCUGCCUGUGGAGGGUCGGGUGCAUUUGAGGCCGUUGGUGGAGCUCUGUCCAUGGUCGAAGUAGCAAGUGAUGGCAAUGUCUUUGGUGUUGACCUUCAGGGGAAUUUACUGCAAAGAACUGGUAUCACUAUAUCGAAUCUCCCUGGAUCAAAUUGGGGACUUAUUUCAAUCUGUCCCAAUGGCCACAAGCACGUGACUUAUGAUCUGGGAAGUCUGUAUGUCAUCUGUAGUGAUGGAUCCAUCAGGAGAUGCAUUUAAAUGUCCAACAGAGGAGCUC